GGCAGCGCGUCGCGACGUCUGCGGGAGAGUCGGAGAGCUGCGGUCCGGGAUACGAACAGGUCGGUGCGAGCGACUACCCAGAGUUUCCUGGUUUUUCAUCGAAGAACAGUUGACUGCCGCAGUCGAUCUUCGCAGCGCCAGAAGUGCGUCACCCGUUCAGUCAGCUGCAGCCGCUAACAGGACUGCAAUGACAUGGCGCUGGUCAUGCUGCCGUGCGACCUGCCGUGGUGGCCGACGGUGCAGCGCCACCUGACGCAGCUCGCCCUCGCCCGCACGCCGCAGGAGCUGGUCGAUGGCAUGCAGAAGAUACACACCAUGUGCAACAUCAGUCUAGAUCCAGACGAAGAGGGCACGGAUGAUGGCCUGUUUGAAGGACUGAAAAAGUUUCUGGAGGAGGACUUGAGUAUUGAAGAGCAAAAUCAUUUUCUUGGAACAACGGCGCCGGCAAUGGUACAACGAGCUCUUCAACUGAAACAGCUCAAGCCUCCCAGCGGACUACACUUCAGUCUCCAACAGCAAGCGGACAGAGUGGAACUGGACCGUAACUUUGUGGCAUCACUACUUGCACAUGCAUUCUUCUCAACAUUUCCAAAGAGGACUAGCAAAACCCAUCCCACUCUACAAGAUUCUAAUUUCACACACUUUUUCAAGCACUUAAACAAAACCAGUCAGAAGGCAAAACUCAAGAGCAUUCUGCAUUAUUUUGACUCAUUGGAAGGCAAUGGUGUUCCAGAAGGCAAUAUGAUAUUUUCAAGAAUGGUUAUGACAAGCAAAGAGUGGCUAACAAUAGAGGACUGGCUGGAAUGUGGAGUUCCACUUAUUCCUGUGGUAACAAAACAUGAAGGAAGAUUGGAAAGGUCGGAGCCUGAGACACUACAAGUGUGCUUCUCAAGCAGUCAUUUAGGAGGUGAUGUUCUACAUGCAGGCUCUUCACAGGAGAGCAUACAGUUCUGCACCCAACCUGAGCUCUUGGCACUCCUGUCAUUUGUUGAAGCUCUGGAGGACAAUGAGGUUGUAACAAUUGAUGGUGUUCAACAAGUGUCUCGCAUACAUGAUCCUAAACAUAGGUCAACUUUUGAGACUGCUUCUCAGCCUAGGAUGGCACAUGUGUGCUGCAUGGAUGCUGAAAACUACAAGUUGUUACCAGUGGGUCAAUUUGAGGAAGACAAUGUCCUCAGAGAACUGAACAAAGCUCUUCUUGGCUUCAGGCAGUUACCAUAUAAAGAUGCUCAGCAGUCUACAAGAAGACUGUCACCUAUUGGUGAAUCAUGUAGUUCUACACCUCCUGAGACUACUUCAGAAAAGCUUCAGAAGCAGGAGACUGCUGUGCCUCAGCCACCGCCAACAGCUCCUUCUGCAGCAUCAAAAGAUUUGUUGCGACCGCCAAGCCCAGGAUCACGUCGUGGGCGUUUUAUAGUGCUUGGAUCCUCAGGAGAAUGUUUGCCAAUCACACGGAAUGUUCCACUAACAUUUGGCAGUCACUAUUCCAGCUGUCAGUCUGAGACAGAGUCAGAAGAAUUUCAUAGUGCAUGCACAUCUCUUGACACAGAUGAUACAGAAAGUGAAGGAUGUGCACGCCGCUACAGCUCACAUCUUGAUACUCCUGAAAGACGCCACACAUUUGCUGCACGGCUGCGUGAUGCUCUGUGCCGUGAAGCAGCAAGCAGUACAUGCAGCACAGAUUCAAGUUAUGCAGUUGGAAUCAGUGUCACAGGGUCCAGCGUUGGUGACAAAGACAUAAGGGUAAGAAGAGGUGGAUCAAGAGGAUUCAUGCUACAGGAGGAUUCAAUGGAUGAUAAAUUUUUGAGAGAGUCAUUGCAACAGGAGAAAGAAUGGAUAGACAAAUUUCGAGCAAAGCGAGCUGGUCUUCUUGCUCGGAAAGACACAGGAGAUUCCUCUAAAUACAGCUUCAGUACUGAUUGCAGUUCCGAAAUUGAAGAGCUAUAUGAGCAGUACAGUCGCUGGCUGGAGGAUGCAGGUGUGCCCGAAAACAUCGAUGAGAUUCGGGAGCUGGAUGCCCGAGACAUAGCAGUGGUGCGAUUUGCUGGCAGCCUACUUAAGCGCACACUGAGUGACUCAUUUGCUGGAGUUUCACUGACUGAAGGUGCACAGGGCAUUCCCCUGGAAGGGAGUCGUGCUAAAUUGGCCAUUGUUGCACGAUCUCUCAGCUUGGAACUAGCCAGGCACAAACAUAAGCUUGCUGCUCAGCUUGCGUCAGUGCUUGGAAAAGUUGCAGCUAGCAAUAGUGCUUCUGGAAUACGUGCUGUUUCAACGGGGAACUGGGGUUGUGGUAGCUCCAAAUGUGGAGAUCCUCAGUUGAAACUUGUGAUACAAUGGCUUGCUGCCAGUAUGGCUGGUGUUCCAUGUCUCCAUUAUUAUACUUGUGCCAAUGAUAAUCUGCUUAAGCUGGACACUGUUGUAAGGGUCCUGUUAGACCGCCACUGGACAGUAGGUGAACUUGCUGCUGCCACUCUUCAGUAUGCAGAGGCACUGUUGGACAAGCAUCAUGCAGUGCAUCCCACGAGCAGCCUAUUUGAUGAACUGAUUGGUGUAGAUAAACCACACACCAGUCAAGAGACAAAUCUGUGAUACUUGAAUGUGCCAUUCCAGAUGCAAGAGUAGAUAUACUUAACAACCAAAAGAAUAUUUAUUUGCUGUAUUUAUUCUGGACUUGGUGAAUGAAUUUUGAUGAAAAUGUAUUUAGUGAAUGUGAUUUGGCUCUAAUUGUUAAAAUACCAACUUUUGAGAAAGGUGA